CUCUUCUUUCCCAUUUGCCUGGCCUCAGCCUUGCCCAGGACACGCUGGCGCUGCCGCCAUGCACGCCGCCAUGGGCCGCCUGCCGCUCCUGGUCCUGCUGCUCCUGCUGCCCUGCGUCCCCGGCCUGCCCUUCUACAACGGCUUCUACUACUCCAACAGUGCCCACGGCUGGGACCCGGGCCUCGGCGGAGGGCGGGUGUACUACCUGGAGCACCCCGAGAAGCUGACACUCUCAGAGGCCAAGGCGGCCUGCCGGGAAGACGGCGCCCAGAUCGCCAAGGUGGGCCAGCUCUUUGCCGCCUGGAAGUUCCGCGGCCUGGACCGCUGCGAUGCCGGCUGGCUGGCAGAUGGCAGCGCCCGCUACCCCGUGGCUCACCCACGUCCCACCUGCGGGCCCCUGGAGCCCGGGGUCCGAAGCUUCGGCUUCCCAGACCCGCAGAGCCGCAAGUAUGGCGUCUACUGUUACCGUCCUCCUCGCUAGAGCCGGCCACAGCUCUGUGCCUGCCUGGCCCUUCCCCCCACCCCCCUCACGGCUGUAUUUACUAAGUGGAUCAUGUUCCCUAUUGUUUUUAUACUUCUCAACUUAAAUAAAAAAAAAUAUAUAUUUUUA